AUGCAUAAUAGGAUUCGUACCUUCAUCAUUUUUCAUUACGAUUAGGAUUUAGGACAGUGAUUAGGAUUAGGUCCAUUACGAGGAUCAUACAACCAAAAAACAUUGAAAAUGAGUGAAAAAAGAAAAAGAGGAAACAGUCAUGCAGAAAAACCAAUCUGCAAGUAUGGAGAUAAAUGCUAUCGAAAGAAUCCCAUUCAUUUGGAAUCGUAUUCACAUUCUUGUAGAUCUGAACAUUUGCAGGAACAUAAAAGAAUGAAAUUAGAUUCAACAGUGGAAAGGCCUAUGCAAGACAUGUUUGAUUCUACAAACACAAAUAUUGUAUCAUAUUUCCUGACAAAAGUUUCUUCAAUCCCACAUAAAUACAACUCUCCUUCUAUUGCCAUAGGUCUGAAAGAUAUUUUGUCAACAAAAAUGGGAGAUCUAAAAGCUUCAGUACAAUUUAACUUUAUGUUUGACAUUCCUUGGUUAAUGGAGAACUACCCACCUGACAAAAGAUCAAAGCCUUUACUGAUUGUUCAUGGUCAUCAACAUGAGAUGAAACAACAGUUAAUGUUACAAGCAGAACCGUAUCCUAAUGUGGCACUUUGUCAGGCAAAGUUACCAAUUGCUUUUGGAACCCAUCACAGUAAAAUGAUGCUGCUAUUAUACACUGAAGGAAUACGUGUUGUGAUUAUGACUGCUAACUUAAUUCCUGGUGACUGGCAUCAAAAAACGCAAGGUGUGUGGAUAAGCCCGCUAUUUCCAAAGAUCCUUGAGGAAAAUGCAACCAAUAUGUCAGAAUUUCAGAAAGAUCUGUUGGAUUAUCUUCAUCACUACGAUGUUGCUCCGUUGAAAGAUUGGAAAAGUCAAUUGGCAAAACAUGAUAUGUCAAAGGCAAGAGUUCGCCUGGUGGCAUCAGUACCAGGAAGACAUACAGGAGUACAUAAAGAUAAAUGGGGACAUUUGAAGCUUAGGAAGUUGUUGCAAGAAAAUGGUGACUUUGACGACAUCCAAUCGUGGCCUGUGAUUGGUCAAUUCUCCAGUAUUGGCUCUUUAGGCAAAGAUACAUCAAGCUGGCUUUGUGGGGAAUGGAUGGAAAGUUUAACAACUACCAUUAAAUCUAAACGUUUGUCGUCCAGUUCAACUUUACACCUGAUAUUUCCAACAGUGGAGAAUGUUCGUACAAGUUUGGAAGGUUACAAUGCUGGUGGCUCUUUAUGUUACAGCUGGAAAACUGCAACAAAGCAACCAUACUUAAAGGAUUUUUUUCGUUGUUGGAAAAGUGAUGAUGUUGGUCGUACUCGUGCAUCGCCACAUAUAAAAUCAUACAGUAGGGUAUCGACACAUAAUGAUAAGGCGGCUUGGUUCAUGUUGACGAGUGCUAAUCUAUCGAAGGCCGCUUGGGGAGGUCUGGAAAAGAAUAAAAGUCAGUUAAUGAUCAGAUCAUACGAGAUUGGCGUGGUGUUCUUUCCUUGUGAUUAUGAACUUUCACAAAAGUAUUUCCAUUUAUGUAAAGAUAAGUCCAACACAAAUGGAAUUUGCCUUCGAUUACCAUACGAUUUACCUUUGCUGCCAUACUCACACGAAGAUGAAUGCUGGCUUUGGGAUCGACACUACCACAAACCUGAUGUUAAUGGUCGACUAUGGAAACCUUGAGUGAUCUUGUGAGUACCCUAAUAUCCCUUCGGUAAAAUAUUUUCUGAAGACGGUGCUGACUGUGUCUAUCAUAAAAGUGAUGUUAAUUCCUACACUUCAUCGUGAAAUUCGCGUUCAAUCACAACAUCGCCAAAGAACUGCUGUUUAUAAUGCACACUCGACCUAUCCAACGCUCAUAUACAUCUACAAUAUACUAUCAUAAGUAUAAGAAAACCAAUAAAUGGCAGAAGAGCUAAUCUCUUGGAAUACACUCCUUAAUUAUCAAAUUUGUUAUCUCAGUGUAAAUUGAAACAAUUCGAAAAUGAAUUCAUUAUUACUAAUUAACAACAAUACGAUAUAAUUAUUGAUUGUCUUAAUUAAAGCUUUAUUGACAUUUUUA